ACCUCCCCUUCUCUUCUUUUUCUUCUUCUGUCCUGUAUAACUCAUUCUUCUCGUCUCUCCUCCCUUUCGAACACCUCAAAGAUGGCCGACUCCGGCGAAGGCCUCAUCGUGAGCUUCGGCGAGAUGCUCAUCGACUUCGUGCCGACGGUGUCGGGGGUGUCGCUGGCGGAGGCCCCGGGGUUCCUUAAGGCCCCCGGCGGCGCCCCGGCCAACGUGGCGAUCGCCGUGGCCCGACUCGGCGGGCGCGCUGCGUUCGUCGGCAAGCUGGGCGACGACGAGUUCGGCCGCAUGCUGGCGGCGAUCCUGCGGGAGAACGGCGUGGACGACACCGGCGUCACGUUUGACGCCGGGGCCCGCACCGCCCUCGCCUUCGUCACGCUUCGGGCCGACGGCGAGCGUGAGUUCAUGUUCUACCGCAACCCCAGCGCCGACAUGCUGCUCACGGAGGCCGAGCUCAACCUUGAUCUCAUCAGAAAGGCUGCAAUCUUCCACUACGGAUCGAUAAGCUUGAUCACGGAGCCCUGCAGAUCGGCUCAUCUGAAAGCCAUGGAGGUGGCCAAGGAAGCCGGGGCGCUGCUGUCGUACGACCCCAACCUCCGGUUGCCGCUUUGGACAUCGCCUGAGGAGGCUCGCAAGCAGAUCCUGAGCAUCUGGAACGAGGCAGACAUCAUAAAGGUCAGCGACGUCGAGCUCGAGUUCCUCACCGGCCAUGACUCGGUGGAAGACGAGGUGAUCGCGCAGCUCUGGCGCCCAAGCCUGAAGCUCCUCCUGGUGACGCUCGGUGAGAAGGGCUGCAAGUACUACACCAAGGAUUUCCAUGGCGCCGUCGCGUCCUUCACGGUGGAGCAGGUGGACACGACGGGGGCCGGAGACGCGUUCGUCGGCGCACUGCUCCGGCGGAUCGUCGAGGACCCGUCUGCGCUGCAGGAUGAGAAGAAGCUGAGGGAGGUGCUGAGGUUUGCCAAUGCGUGCGGGGCGAUCACCACCACCAAGAAGGGUGCAAUCCCCUCGUUGCCCAACGUAGCAGAAGCAAUGCGACUCUUUGAGAGCGCAUAGAACAUGAUUAGAUCUCGAAUUGAUCCAUAGCUACCCUUUUUUUCUCACAAGCUCUUCUUGUGGCCUUGGUACUGCAAGGCCAUCAUCAAUCCCUUUCUUGAUAACCCUUAGCAACCUGUUACAGAUCGAGUUGGUUUCUUGUCGAAUGGACUCUACUACCUCUGGUAGUGGGCAAAUAAUAAAUCCAUUUUAAUCAAAAUGUUCAUGGUUUCACGAUA